GCACUUGGUGACCAAAGUAAUUCUCUUCAUUUUUCUCUAAUAAAUAAUCUCUUAAAAAACAAAAAGAAGGGAAGCAUAGCUUCCAGCAGAAUAUUGAGCACAAAUCCAUUCUCUUUCAGCUGCACUGGUUGGUACUACACAGACAGAGCCACCUUCUCUCCCAAUCAGUGAUUCAAUGGAAGCAAAUGAAGUGGGCACGGAUACUCGGGAUGAAUUUGCUGGCUUUAUUUUCAUGUGCAAUAGAAUCACAAAACCUGAGUGCUAUCGAUACCGUGUUUUUGCACUUCCUGCUGGGAGAAAGCAUAUUGUCGAGAGGAUCAAUCCUGGCACAUACCUUUUUCUGUUUGACACUGAUGUCAAGCUUCUUUAUGGCACAUAUUUAGCAACCUCACCCGGGAUGCUAAACAUACAACCGUCAGCUUUUGGGGGAAGGUUCCCUGCUCAGGUGAGUUUCAAAAUUCACCAAGACUGUUUGCCCUUGCCAGAGAGUCACUUUAAACAUGCUAUAAAAGAUAAUUAUCAGAAUCACUCUAACAAGUUCAAUCCUGAACUCAAUAUUGGACAGGUAAGAAAUCUAUUAGAAAUGUUUCGCCCGUUACAUCCAAUGUCAACUGCACCCACACAUCCUGUUUUGAACGGGGUACAUUCUGCCUCGACGUUGCAACUUCCACCGGUAAAUAGUGUUUUUCAUCAGUCAUCAAGGGCAUCUCUUUCUGAGGAUUCAUUUUUGCAUAGGAUGUCACCUUCUCAAGCUAUUAGGCUGUUGAGCCAAAAAUAUCUAAAUGGACGUGAGGAGCCUACUGGUUGGGCCAAUUCAGUUGCUGCUCAGUCUGUACCAUCCCAAGCUUCAAGGAAUCCGAUUCAUGCACUAGCAAGCACUGAUACAGCAGAGGGCGCUUAUGCAACUGGGACGGUCAGCAGUUAUACUCCAUCACUGCCAUAUCGUCAAUACGCACGCCAGAAUAACGUCAUUGGUCAUGCUCAGUCAAUGCAAAAUUAUCAGCAUGCACAGCUUAAUGUCUUACAUCCACAGCCUCAAUUUCAUGCUUCCGUGAUGACUGCAGGCAGUAACCACAGUUACGGUCAAUCGCUACAAUAUUCUCAACAAGCAUAUCUCAAUGUCUCUCAUCCACCACCUGAAUAUCAUUCUUCCACGAUGACGAAUAACAGUUAUACUCAAUCACUGCAAGAUCCUCAACAGAGUAUCCUAAACCCACCACCACCUGGUGUUCAUCCCCCAGCAGCGAAUGUGGACAGCAAUCAUGCUCAAAUGCUGUGGUAUCCUCAUGGUACUCAUCAGAAUAUCCAAAACCUGCAACCUGGCUACUAUCCCUCUGCAGUAAAUGUGAGCAGCAGUUAUGCUCAAUCAUUUCAAGAUCCUCAAUACACACAUCAGCAAGCUCAAAAUCUACAACCUGGUUACGGUUCCUCUGUGAAUAUGGACCAUUCCAAUGCCGUGAUGCAGUCACAUGCUUCAUCAUCAUUAUAUUAUCCAUAUGUUCAUCAACAAGUUAUAUCUGGCACAUAUGCUGUUCAAGGGUCUGCACCCAUAGGAAGUGAGUACUAUCAGCCAUCUAUGCCGACAGAAUAAGACUACUUCAACACCAGAGACAAAUUCACAUUCUCUGUACUGAACCAUAUGUCCAAAUGUUGAGUUUUGGUAAUGCAAUUUAACAUGUUCCAUUUGCUGCCAUAUGUACAUAAACAAGUUGCUUUUGUUUUUUUGCUAAUUUGUCAGCUAGUUAGAGGGGAUAGUGGCCUUUGGUGUUUGAUAUACCAUGAAACAUGUAUUUAGCCAAAUUUGCAGUAAAAAUAUGAUUGUUGGCUUGCUGCCAUUGACUGUGGUAUUGGUCCCAACAGGACCUAUAUGAAAUUUAAUAUUCGGCUAUUGGAAA